ACGAAAUUAAGGCGCAUAUAUUUGUAUAAUGUUUAUGUCGAUGUUUUAAAAAUAAAUAUAGUUUUUCAUAAUAUUUUCAAAACUAAAUCGAAGAUAGAACACCUUUUAAAUACAUUAUUGAUAAAAUUAGCAGGCUUUAUUUAACAAAAUUAGUACUUUAUUUAGAACUAUUUUCUAUAAGCAGGUGUCCCCGCGGAGGUAGUUGUGUACAUGGACUGUGUUGUGCGGUUCUAAACGACCAAAAUGGAAAUAUAGCGGAUUUUACAUACGUUGUGUUUAUUAAGUAAAGUGUCGUAUUUAUAGGAAUAAAAGCAUCAUAAAGAAUGUCAUCUGAAACUGUUGCGAAGUCUGUUGGCAAGAAAUUGCGAUACUACUUUGAAGUGAAGCGUUUAGAAGAUGGGUUUGAUUUGUCAGGGGUUAAUGCCCCACAGUUGAAUCAUCCGCCUCUUAAGUCUGGCAUAAUUUGGGACUUAGUUAAACGUCAGUCACCCUACAAAGAGAAUAUUGUUGAAUAUGCUACAAAAAGAGAAAAGCAUCCCACAAUGCCCCAGUGGAUGUAUCGACACCAUCCCAGGGAGGGUAAAGCAAUACGUCCUGAGUUUGUUGGCUUUGGUGUGGGUCUCAAAUCAGAGAAACGAAAACAAAUAAAGGGAGGUUUCCCAUUGAUGAGAAGUGUCCCCAGUAGUAAGUAACUAAAGGAGAGGCACAACAGGCUGAUAGAUGUCGCCUACAAAAUA